GUUCCAGCAACGGACAGAAAUGCUUUGAGUUCUCUAUGGGGAAAACUGGCAUCUGAAAUUCUGAUGCAGAAUUGGGAUGCAGCCAUGGAAGAUCUCACAAGACUAAAGGAGACAAUAGAUAAUAAUUCUGUCAGCUCUCCGCUGCAGUCUCUUCAGCAAAGAACAUGGCUCAUCCACUGGUCUUUGUUCGUGUUUUUUAAUCAUCCUAAAGGGAGAGACAAUAUCAUUGACCUUUUUCUCUAUCAACCACAGUAUCUCAAUGCAAUUCAGACAAUGUGCCCACAUAUCCUCAGGUAUCUGACUACUGCAGUCAUAACAAAUAAGGAUGUUCGAAAACGUAGACAAGUGCUGAAAGAUCUAGUCAAGGUUAUUCAGCAGGAGUCCUACACAUACAGGGACCCUAUCACAGAGUUUGUGGAAUGCUUGUAUGUUAAUUUUGAUUUUGAUGGUGCACAGAAGAAACUGAGAGAGUGUGAAACAGUGCUUGUGAAUGAUUUCUUCUUAGUGGCAUGCCUUGAGGACUUCAUUGAGAAUGCCCGUCUCUUUAUAUUUGAGACUUUUUGUCGCAUCCAUCAAUGUAUCAGCAUUGGUAUGUUGGCAGAUAAACUAAAUAUGACUCCUGAAGAAGCAGAAAGGUGGAUUGUCAAUCUAAUUCGAAAUGCACGAUUAGAUGCCAAACUGGAUUCAAAGCUGGGCCACGUAGUCAUGGGCAACAAUGCAGUCUCACCUUAUCAACAGGUGAUUGAAAAGACCAAAAGCCUGUCUUUUCGUAGUCAAAUGUUGGCUAUGAACAUCGAGAAGAAAUUGAAUCAGAGUGGUAGAUCUGAGGCACCUAACUGGGCUACUCAAGACUCUGGCUUCUACUGAAAUACUUCUGCAGAGGGGGGAAAAAAAAAAAAUCAGUUUUCAUUUGACUAAAAAGCACAUAAAUAUGUAACUUUUUUGGAAAAAGGUAAUUAUGUGCUCCAUCUAACAUUAUUUGAAUAAAAUUGGCUAAUUUUACCAGUC